AUAGCGGACCAUGGGGAGCAGGGGAAAACUUUUUAUACUGACAUGUUAGAGCAAUGACUUUUGAGUAACAUCUAACUGGGACUAGGCUCCCGGCGUGAGGAGGAAAGGUCCUUUACGGGAAGAGAAAAGGAGCACUUGCCAUCUGCCAUUUGGGUAAGGGAACGAAAAGAAAACGGCGAGGAGUUGAGACCAAUCCAAGAAUCAGCGGUGGAAAAGCCAGUCUACCCAUUUGAAUUGAAAGAUGAGCUUGUUGUCUGCCAUAGACACGAGUGCGUCCGUGUACCAGCCUGCGCAACUCCUUAACUGGGUCUAUCUCUCCUUACAAGACACCCACCAGACCAGCGCUUUUGACGCGUUUAGACCCGAACCCAACUCUUCCCACCCGGAUCUCAGUUUCAGCAAGACUCCCGCAGCGGCGGACUUGAGCUCUUCUCUGAACUCAAACUAUCUCAACAACUUCUUUCAACUGCAGCGGAAUGAGGCCUUAAACAACAACGUGUACAAGAAUGUGUCGCCCUACAGCUCCCUCAACAACAUUGUGGAUGGGCUCAACUCCCUGACGGACCAUUUCUCUGACCUUUCCCUCUCUUCAGAACCAAGAAAGCCCAGCAAGAGACCCCCACCCAACUACUUGUGCCACCUCUGCUUCAAUAAGGGCCAUUAUAUCAAAGACUGCCCUCAGGCCCGACCCAAAGGAGAAGGACUGACUCCAUACCAGGGGAAGAAGAGAUGCUUUGGAGAGUACAAGUGCCCCAAGUGCAAGAGGAAGUGGAUGAGUGGCAACUCCUGGGCCAACAUGGGACAAGAAUGUAUCAAAUGCCACAUCAACGUCUACCCACACAAACAGCGCCCUUUAGAGAAGCCGGAUGGCCUGGAUGUUUCUGACCAGAGUAAGGAGCACCCGCAACACCUGUGUGAGAAAUGCAAAGUCCUGGGCUACUACUGCCGUCGCGUGCAAUAAUCACCUUUAUCUCAAAUUGUUGUUAGAGAGCAGUCCUAUGCCUCAUCCCUUGCCAACGCUGUUAACUUCACCUGACCUCCUCCAGUAUGCCCGAUAUGGGUCCAGGUUUCUCUCAACCCUGCCCUCCGCUUCACACUGCCUCCUUUCCUCCUUAUUUCUCCCCCCUUUAUCUCUCCCAGAAAACCUCAAAUAAUAUACAAUAGCUCUCUUUGCUCUGAUCCUCCCUUCUCACUCAUACCCUCCUUCUCUACCACUGCAAAUAAACCCUGUGUCCCGCCUCGACUUUCCCAAACACAGGUUGUAGCCAUUAUGGGCUUUUUCAUUGAUGGUGUUGAAGAUUACACUCGGGAAUGAGGGGAACGGGUCAAACCUGCUCUUAGGAUCAAUCUCUGUCUCUCUAAGUGCUCUUCAUGAAAGGUGAAAACUUGCCAAACUCAGUGAGUCUAAACGAUCUCAAUGCCAGCGCAGGGCCUUGUGUACCAGAAACCACAUAACCCCACUUUUUCCAAGUAUAUGUGUAACAACAGCUGAUCAUUGCAUUCAUGUAUUAGCAAUGAGCAUGUCUUUUUUUGUUUGUUUUUGUUGUUUUGAUGUUGCUGACAGUAUUGCCACCGGUAUUGGUCACAAUAGAUUACCUCACUUUGGGGUUUGUUGAUUUUGUGUUUACAGAGAUCUGCCUUCCAUUUCCCUCGCCAAGUGAAGUGUGUGGUAAUGUGAUGAACCUUAAAUCAGGGCCUCUCAUGAUGGUAUAAUGUAUACGAGGCCUUUCAUGUUUUGCCGUGUUAGGGUCAACAGCACAUCUUAUUAACUGUGAAUUAACUGAGGGAUAAUGUGCCAUACAUCCCUGGCUUACAUUUGGCCUAUUUAUUUUCUUGUUGUCUAGUGUGCAAUUUGAAUUUUAACUGGGACAUAAAGAAUUGUUUUUGUAUGUUUGUAUAUCACAAUAUUGUGUAACUGCUUCCACAUGUCUUUAGAAACUACUGUAGGUCGAGUCGCAUAGAAUAGUUCCUCGUCUAGAUCUAGUGCAUCGCUAACAGAUAUGGUUUCAUUUUCCCUCCCUAUAAAUUUAUGUCGCCACAAAAAGCCUUGAUUAUAUACAGUGCAUUACGCAAGUGAGUUGUGUUGAUUUCAAAUCACAAGCAGCUCAACAAACAAUUUUUAUACACUAACUAACGGUAAUUUAUGCAAUCAUUGCCGUGCCGUCCACACAGUUUUGAUGCCAGCGGAGCGCACCAGGUCUGAUAAGCAAAGUAAUCUAUAACAGCCUGACUGACUGAAUUUCAUAUAAGCAUUACAGGAAACACGGUUGCAGAGUUAAAAUGCUCCCUUGUAAAGCCUAAUUAGAUACUGACCACAAAUUACCAAAUUACUGUGGAGAUAAUUAAGGUGUUUUUUUUUUUUUUUUUUUUUUUUGAAAGACGUUUAGAAAGACUUUUUAGAGUAAACAUUUAAGUGCCUAUUGAUGCCUUCGUUAGGCUGUUGGAGUCGUGGAAUGACAGUGAGGCUAAUUGGAAACUUUUCUACGGGCUCACACCAUUCAAACUGUCUCCAAGAGCUGAUUACAGUGUGAAGAAUGUCCAGAGGGAGGUGGGGUAUUGGAGAUAUACAGUGUAACGAUUUACCGAUUGGUGAAAAGAAAGAUGGGUUUAUGCAGGAAGGCUGGGUUGUGACGUGGUCAUAUUUUGAAGAUUCAAGGAUACCUAUUGAAAGUGAUGACGAAUGAGGUUUACAUACAUGUCUGUUUUGAUGGCGCCUACCGUUGUAAACCAGUGUCUUUAACGGAAGAGAGGUACAUAUUCUGUCCUCUGUUUACAAACAUCACAAUACAUCAUUUUUUACAUGUGCAUACAGUAAAAUUAAUGUAGUUUUGACUUGUAGAAAGUUCAGACAUUCACAGAAUGUUAUUAUCAUGUGAAGAGUUAAAAUAUUUUUAUAUAAAUAUAUAUAUUUCUAGAAUUGCGAAACCUAGUAGACUAUAUUUUAUCCUGUACGUGCCUUAGAAUGACUUAAAUCGUUCUGAAGCACUGAGAACAAUUUGACGUUAACCUUUGACAAUAGGAAGAGACAUGAGGUAGGCUUGGAGUUGGAGCAAAAUAUGUGCAUGUGGUAAUUGUGAUGCCUAGCAAGUUUGCCAAGUUUUAUGCAGGUUCAAGAUGUGACUAAGAGUGAGAAAGAAAACACAAAAAACAAUACAGUUCCCCCAUUAACAGGGAGAGUUUGAACUGGCAUGGUGGUGUUUUGCCUCAAUUUGCUGAGCUGGAGGCACGAAGUAAACCAGCGUUUCCAGCUGGCAAUAACAAUCCCACUGUGGUCUGUUGUCAUGGAAUAUCAACAAAGAUGUUAUUUUUUUCUUUAAGUCAAUCCUCACGACAGAAUGGGUUUAAACAUGAAACUGUGGACCUCGCUCUCGUAUUUUCAUUGUUAUUUGCCUUUUGCAGUGUGUUUACCUAAGCCACCGUGGAUUGUGCUAAAAAAAAACAUACAAAGUUGCACGCUUUAUAGUUCAGAGGUUGCAGUGGAUGAAUUUUGAACUUCACCUUUAAAUUCAAAAUAAAGCAGCGGCGGAUUGGAAGCCAUUGGACACGCUAACAAAUUGUGCAGGCUGAAUGGAAGAGUCAUGUCUUGCCCAGGCACUGUUGGGAACAAUCCAUUUUUUAGUACUGUAAUAUCUUCUUCUGCGUUGCUCUGUGUGGUGGCAGUAACUUAACAAGUCUGAUCAGCAUCACAUUUACUUACAUCUGACGUUUAUGUUCCGCAUCGUGACAUGUGGCUGUAGCGAGAGGAAUAGAUACCAAUGAUGCCUUAUGAGCUCACUUACGUUAAUAAACAUGCUAUGAUAUCAUUAGGAUUAAGAGUUCUGGCAGAAUAUGGAUGAGAAAUUACAGUAGGUUAUUUAAAAUCCCAUCAGAGGGUCUUUUGAUUCCACCCGGAGACAUUUAUGAGGAAGCCAUUUUAACUGGCAAAUCAGGAGCCAAUGGAAGCAGUUGAUACAAUGCAUAAAUAAAAUAAAAUAAAAUAAAAUAAAAUAAUAAAAAAAUUACAGUCUCUGCUUUCAGAUGUAUAGUGUCUUGAAUUACAUAUACUUGACUUUUGUAGUUCCUUUUCAGUUCAAAUUUGUUAUUUUCUAUGAACGAGAUGUGUAUUUUGGAACACUUAAUAGAUGUUGAAAAUUUUAAAGCAAUUUGCAAAAAACAACUCAAGAGUUAUUUCCCUGACAAAGAUAUUUACAAAUGACUGUUUUUAUGUAUAUAUUUGAUGGCCAUCAUUUUCAAGGAUAGUAGCUCUUUUGAAGUGUUAUGCAAUAUUGAAGCUUUUUUUUGUUGUUGUGAAGAAGGGCCUAUUGCUGAGAAAUAAACAAAGCUGGGAGUUUUUUUUUCUUUUUCUUUGAUGUUUUACAAUUAUCUGAGGGCUUAUCCUGCAGAAAUAUUUAUGGAAGAUUUUUUACAACACUUUUUGUAUAGAAUAUGCAACAAAGUUACACUAAGAAGGAAAUAUUGAUGUCUACAUAGAAUAUUAUUAAAAAAAAAAAAGCUGGUACAUAAUUAAUACCCUUUCUCAAUUAUAAGCCAUUGUAUUUCUGUGUUUUGUUGUAUGAUGUUAUCGGUGUUGAAUAACCCACGAUGAUAAGUGCUAUGUAACUAAUUAUGCCUAUGACCUGCCAUUUGCGUCCAUACAGAGCAUGUAUUCAUUUUGUAUACAAUAAUUACGAUAUUAUGAAGAUAUAUAUUGUGUUAACAUGCAGAAUCUUUUCUCUUAAUUAGUGACGGAUACUCACCACUGUAUAAGCACGUUAAACUGUGAGUUGUAGUUUGCUUAAAGCAGCAAUGACAAGGAACUAUUAUAAAAUGUUACGGUGUUAUUACUAGUUUAGGGAGUGUGUACUUCUGUCAAGAAAGUGUGUGUGACAAAGAACUAUUUUAGAGUUUGCAUGUGCAUGUGUUUGGUUUUGAAUGAAGUAUUACCUUGUGCAAUGUAUACUUAUUUAAAUUCUUGGUAGUAGUUUGCUACAGUACAUAUUGUUUUUAACAUUGUUAUUAGUCCUGAAAUAUUUCAUUUACUGAUAGCGUAGCCUCUACAAAUAAUACGUAUUUACUGAAUGUAACGUGUUAACACUUACGCGGUCGAUUGGAAAGUCAUGUUUGUAUUCUUUGACGUCUGUAUCAUUUGAGAUAAUUGUAAUGCAACAUUGCAAUAAUGUAACAUUUGAUUUGGACAGGACACAGGCUUGAGGUUGGGAAAUAAAUGGUCGGGGAAACAAAGACGGUCAUGUUUAGAGAGCGGCCCGCUGGUCUGUUUUUCUUGUCCAUGAAACGGCAUUCCAAAAUGUGCCUUAUUUGUUAGUUUGGAAAACAUUUUAGUGCUUUAGUGCUGUUGGGAGUUUGAUGAAUAAAAGACAUAUUGAA